GGACGAUAUAGUCGUAUAAAAAGGUUGGAGCUCGCCUUGCUAGAGCUUAAAAACACCAGAAUCAUUUGAGUCAACUUGAUACCCCUUGUCUUCUUGAAGUCGACAAAGCCAAAAAGUACACCAUAAGUCGGAAAACAAAAUGACUACCAAGUUGGUUGGCAAGACUGUCGGCACGACAGGCUUUGGCCUUAUGGGCCUGUCUUGGAGAGCCAAGCCUCAGCCGAUCGAAGACUCGAUAGCGGUGAUGAAAGCUGCGCUGAAUGCCGGGGCCAACUUUUGGAACGGCGGGACCUUCUACGGCACGCCCGAAUACAACUCUGCCCAUGUGCUCAAGGCGUACUUCGACAAGUACCCGGAGGACGCUUCCAAGGUCGUGAUCAGCAUCAAGGGCGGCCACGGCAAGGCCGGCAUCGACGGUUCGCCCGAGAACAUGCGCCGGGAGGUCGACAACUUCUACAGCAUCGUCGGUGACCGCUGCAAGAUCGACAUUUUCGAGUGCGCCCGCGUCGACCCCAAGGUGCCCAUCGAAACGACCGUGGGCGCGCUCGCCGAGCUCGUCAAGGAAGGGAAGAUUGGCGGCGUGGGGCUCAGCGAGUGCAAGGCCGACACGAUUCGACGCGCCGCGAAGGUCACCCGGAUCGCCUCCGUCGAGGUCGAGUUCUCCCUGUUCUCCGUCGACAUCCUGACGAACGGCGUCGCGGACGCCUGCGCCGAGCUGGGCAUCCCCAUAGUCGCCUACUCGCCGCUCAGCCGCGGCUUCUUGACCGGCGAGCUGCGCAAGUUCGAGGACCUGCCGGAGGACGACAUGCGCCGGCACUACCCGCGUUUCCAGCCGGAGAAUUUCGACAACAACCUGAAGCUCGUCGACGAGGUCAUGAAGAUUGCAAACGCCAAAGGCUGCAGCGCAAGCGCCGUCGCGAUCGGCUGGGUGAAGGCCCACAGCGGUCAUCCUGCUGAGAUCAUUCCCAUUCCAGGAACAACUAAGCCAAAGCGCUUGGAAGAGAAUAUGCAGGAUGCCAAGCUGACUUCAGAGGACAUCAAGCAGCUUAAUGAAGCAGUCAAGAAGUGCGAGGUGCUGGGUGGACGCUACCCAGCAGCAGUCGAUGCUCUCUCAUGGGGUUGAUAACGUCAAGGACGGGAUACGAGAAUGUACUGUUGUGGCAAAUAAGCAAAUUGAAAAGGAAUCUUGUGACCGUUUGACACAC